AUGGUUGAUCUGGAUUCUGUGACCAACUCGUCCGUCGGCCGCGUCGGCUCCUCUGUCUUUGGGCAUACCGUAUGGUCCGUCAUAUACAAUCUCUACUUUAACCCACUUAGGAAAGUGCCCGGACCUUUCCUGUGGUCUGUAUCGCCACUCCCACUCCUGUUGAUGUCAUGGUCGAGCACGCCACACAAACAGAUCCUGGCAUUGCACAAGAGGUACGGCGACGUUGUCCGCACAAGCCCAGACUCAGUGUCAUGCCUCCACGCAACAGCAUGGAAAGAAGUGUACGGGCAUCGUAAGCCCAGUCAGCCAGAGAACCUCAAGCACCCAGGCUUCGUAGCCGAAGUCGCCUCAGGUAUCAUCGGGGCCGACACAGAAUCUCACACAUAUCAACGUCGUCUGCUAGCGCCCGCGUUCUCCGGGCAAGGCAUACAGCGCCAGGAGCGUAUCAUCCGCCACCAUGUCGACCAACUCUUCAGCUGUUUUGGAGAGCACUGCACCGAAGGUCGAUCCCUGGAUCUGGCCAAGUGGUUCAACUUCUUCUCAUUUGAUGUCAUUGGCGAUCUCAGCUUCGGCGAGUCUUUUGCGAAUAUGGAGCGAAGGGACUUUCAUCCAUGGGUUGCGACAAUAUUGGAGUUCUUCGUUGCGCAACAUGACAUGGCACACUUCCGGCGGGCGUAUCCGUUGUUGGAGGCAAUGAUAAGCCCGUUUGUUAGAAUGUUUGCCAAGAAGAUCAUUGCGAAGCAUAAUCUGUUCAUGCGUACUCAAGUUGCGAAGCGUUUAGCUUUGGAGCCCAGCCGGCCGGACUUCAUUGAAGAGAUGAAAUCCGACAAUACUCAGGGAAAAUGCACGCUCGCUAAGCUAAGGAAAGAGAUCGACGCAUCUUUCGAUAGCGAAGAACAGAUCACACUCCUCAGUGCGCAGCGUCUCAGAUACCUCUCGGCUGUCAUAGACGAGACCUUGCGUAUUCAUCCGGCUGCCGUAGGCUCAGUGCCACGACUGAUUCAGCGCAAUGGCGAGGUCGUCGGGGGGCACUUUCUGCCCGGAGGGCCAACUUCACGGAACCAGAAGUUUUCGCCCCAGAGCGCUGGCUCGGAGAUCCUCGCUUCGAAGCGGAUAAGAGAGCGGCAUUCCAGCCCUUCUCGACAGGAAAACGCAGCUGUAUCGGUCACAAGUACGCCACGUCCUGUCUCCGGUAUCAAUACGAAAGAUUUCGCUGACUAA